AUAGUUUAAAACUUAUAACUGCCUGAUUACAAUUUACAAGAGUACAAGUGCUGAACAUUUAUCGCACAUGUUUAAUGUAUACAUGACGUAUUCUACUAAAGGAAUAUACGUUGUUAAAAAUUUUACUGAAUUAAAAUACUUGCAAAAUGAAAGUGAAAAUUCUGACAAGAAAUCCAGAUGAUUAUUUACGAGAAACGAAACGUGAUAUUCAUAAAGUUCCUAGGAAUUAUGAUCCGGCAUUACAUCCUUUUGAAGCAGCAAGAGAGUAUACCAGAGCUUUAAAUGCAAUAAAGUUAGAGAAAGUAUUUGCAAAACCUUUUGUAAGAUGCUUAGAAGGACAUAAAGAUGGUGUGUCUUGCUUUUAUAAACAUCCUUCUCAAUUGUCUACUCUAAUUAGUGGAGCUUUUGAUGGAGAAAUAAGAGUAUGGAAUCUUAUAUAUAAUGUAUGUACACGUAACAUUUUGGCGCAUAAUGGCAUAGUACGGGGAAUUGUAUUUAGCGUAAGUGGCGAAAACUUUAUCUCUGUUGGUGAUGAUAAGACUAUUAAAACAUGGAAAUCAAGAAAACCAUCAUUCAACGAGGAAGAACCAAUAAAUACAAUUAUUAGUAAAACUAUAAUAAGUGGAAUCUCUCAUCACCGAACUCAGCCAAUAUUUGCAACAUGUGGUGAAGUAUGCCAUUUGUGGGAAGAAACAAGGAAUGAACCAAUUCGUACAUUUAAAUGGGGUGUUGACAGUUUGUACGAUAUUAAAUAUAAUCCUGUGCAGUGCAAUUUAUUUGCUGCUUGUGCAAGUGACCGUAGUAUAAUUCUGUAUGAUGCCAGAGAAACAGGACCAUUGCGAAAAGUGUUUAUGAGGUUAAGAACUAAUAAAUUGUCUUGGAAUCCUAUGGAGGCUGUUACUUUUACAUGUGCUAAUGAAGACUAUAACUUAUAUACAUAUGACAUUCGUAAGUUGAAAACACCAGUAAAUGUGCAUAUGGACCAUGUAGAGGCUGUAAUUGAUGUGGAUUAUUCGCCGACUGGUAGAGAAUUUGUGUCUGGUAGUUAUGAUAAAUCAAUUCGCAUUUUUGAAGUAGACAAAGGUCAUUCUCGAGAAGUUUACCAUACAAAACGCAUGCAAAGAUUAACAUGCGUGGCCUGGUCUCUUGAUAAUAAAUAUGUUAUUAGUGGUAGUGAUGAAAUGAAUAUUCGUAUAUGGAAAGCAAAGGCAUCAGAAAAAUUGGGUGUGUUGAGACCUAGAGAAAGAACAGCAUUAAAUUACAAUGAAGCUUUGAAAGAGAAAUUUGCUGCACAUCCCCAAGUUAACCGAAUUUCUCGACAUAGACAUGUCCCAAAACAUGUUUACAAUGCAAAGGCUGAAUUACGUACAAUUCGCCAGAAAGUUAAACGAAAGGAGGCUAAUAGACGAGCUCAUUCUAGAAGAGGUGCGGUACCUUUUGUUUCGGAAAGAAGCAGGAAUGUUGUUCGACAAGAAAUAUAAUACACAAUUAUAUAUUAUAGUAUUAUAAAUUUUUAUGCUGAUUAACCAUUUGCGGACUACCGCCGCAUAUAUGCGUUAUGCGUAGGCCAUCAAUUUGGCCGAGGAACUUAUAUAUACGUUUGGCGAAAAUAACUGAUAGAGCCGAACGACUUAUAUAUGUAUCCCACGUAAACGCGUCGCUAUGGGCGAAAAACUUAUAUACGCGUUCGGCGAAAACAAUUGAUAGAACCGAAAGACUCAUAUGUGUGUCAUUUUACUUAUCCUGUGGAGAAUUUGUGCAUGGCAGUUUUAAAUGACUAUCGCGGCAGCAGCUCGGGUAGCAGUCCGCAAAGGGUUAAAAAUAAAGACAAAAUGGAGUUUACCACAUUCUAUUAUAAUUUAUAUAAUUUUACAAAAUUCAAUAUAAACGGUAAUUUACGUAAUGUUAUAAAUAAGGUAUGUCAGCAUUUCAUCUAAAUGUAUAAAUUUAUUUUUUGGAUAUAUUGAUCAUAGUAAAUUAUAACAUUUGAUGAACAUGAAAUAUCUGUUUAAGAUUAAUUUUAUACUGCUUAUGCAUGUUUGUUUAUCAAGACAAAACUUAUUUUUGAUUUUAAAGCAAAUGUAAAAAUUUAUGAAUUUGUUGUUAUACAGGGUAAUUCUCUAGUUGAUUCAAAGGUGAUGCCACUAAUAAUACACACAUAGUUGUUUUUGUCCUAAUACAGGACUGAUAUCAGAUUCUGAUGACAUAUUAUUACUUGAUAUAUAUUAUAUAUAUAUAAACAGAACGUUAUUACAUUUCCUUUGAGUUAACUAACAAGAAAAUCAUCCUGUAUAUGCUACAUUCGUUUAAUACUAAUUUCCUAAAUUUCAAAAUAAAGAAUUACACUCAUGAUUCAAUUUUCUGUUAUUCUUAUAAGAAAUAUUAAAUUGUGAUGCUAAAUUAUAUUCGAUAUCAAAUUUAAUGUAAUUACUUCAUUUAAAGAAACAGGUAUUUCAUAUACCACGUAAUGUUUUCGACAAUGGAUAAUAUUUUUAUGGAUACACAUUAUGGACUAAAAUAUUGACUAUAAUCUCUAAUAUUUAUUGUAAUAAAUAAUUUUAUUGAAAUUAUACAACGCAUUGCUAUAAUAAUUCGUAAAACGUUACAAACUUCAAGCAGUGAUUAAUGUCUUGCUUAGCGUAGCUUACAACGAUUUAUUAAUUUCCUUCUAUUUUCUUUGCGCAUUUAUCUUAAUAAAUGUUUAUCAAUUUGGCAA